AAAUCCCGAAACCUCACCACCAUUUGAGUUCGACCCCAAUACGAGACGUUUGCGAAAAUCCCAUUUUCUUGAAGGCACAUCAACUUCAUGGAUUCUAAGAAGUCUAACAAGAUCAGUGACAUUGUUAGGCUUCAACAGAUCCUCAAGAAAUGGAAAAAGAUCGCAAACGCCCCCAAGAACACCAACAGAAGUGGCAAUAGCAGCACAGGCAACUCCAAUUCAACUACCACUUCCACGGGAAAUGGCAGCAAAAGCAUCAAGUUUCUGAAGAGAACUCUUUCCUUCUCGGACGUCACAGCAUCGUCUAGUGACGCCGUCCCCAAAGGCUUUUUGGCCGUCUCUGUGGGGAAAGAGCUGAAGAGAUUUGUGAUCCCUACUGAGCAUUUAAGACACCCGGCAUUCGGGAUACUUCUGCAAGAAGCAGAAGAAGAGUUUGGCUUCCAACAGGAAGGAGUUCUCAAGAUUCCAUGUGAAGUGCGUGUUUUCGAGAUGAUCUUGAAGGCUGUCGAGGAAAAAAGAGACGUCACAUUCUUCUCGCAUGAGUAUGUAGAGAAAGAUGCCAUUAGCUGUGGCUCAUCCGAUUGUGAGCUCACACCUUCUCAUCACCCCCAAAUGUGCAGAUAACUUCUGCUUUCAUGUUUCUCUCUUACUUUCUUCUUUAUGUAUUUUGGUCCUCUGAGUGAUAUUACUUAUACUUUUAAAGGCAAUGUAGGAGUGGCAAUGAAGAACAGAGCAACAUAAAAAUAGGAGUGAAUAAGGUGGGCUUUCUUUGAUGGCCAAAAGGCAGACUUGUUUUGGGGAGAAAUAGUUUUUAGUUGGCGACUUUAAACCAAGGGUUGCUAUUGGCCAUAAAAACAGAAAAGUAAAACCAAGGGUUGCUCUCUUUAAUUAUAUCUACCAUUAAAUGAAGCAGAAAUUGAACCAUUACCACCUUGCAGCUCACUGAUGCUUCUAGCUGAUCUGUGCUCUUUCCCUUGUUAUGCCAUUACAUGUACUCUGAAAUUAAGAUCGACUCCAGUCCACUUCUGUGGAUAAACACAUUUAUCCUACAUGAAUGUCUACUAUAACUCUCUAGAUCAUUAUCUGAUCCAUGCU